AUGGCCCGCGCAAAAGACCAGCUACCGUUUGCCAGUACGCCAGCACCGAAUUCUAUUGACGCUCAUAGUGGUCAGGAUAUACGGCCUCUAUCGCGCCCACCAGCCACUACCUCUGUUCCUAAUGGCGAUUCCGCGCAACGCAUGCUCGAGGUGUCCUCAGGGCCCUCAGUUCCAAUGCAGAAUGGUGAGAAGCCUGAUUGCAAAUGCGGGUGCGACUGCGGGAAGAAGCUGGAAUUGCUUAUUCACGCAAUUGAAGCCCGCAUUGGCCAGCCGUUGGCCUCUUCGUCCGAGCUCAAUAUUCACUCUGAUGAUGACCCCAGCGAGUGGGUAGAGAACGUCCUGGGGCCACUGCCUCCUGCUAUUCGUUCGACAGCGACUACCACCAGCAGUGGCGGUUCGUCCACGUCAUUAUCCUGGUCGUCGUCUUCCGUAGCUGAUGUUCCUGAACUGGAUGACUCUGGAUUCUCAGCAGGAGUCAUUCCUCCAUUGCCCACAACUGCCAUUAGCAGCUCGUGCUGUACAGUCAAGGCCGACCCUACCCCUCGUGCCCCAAGCGCACCCAAGUCGUCGUGCUGUAGCAGCCAGCCAACAGGGAAUCCGCCCGCGCAAAUAACACAGGUUCAAGCUGUAGCCACCGACUCGUGCUGCUCAAGCACCUCCCUCCCAGUCCUACCGCAGCAAGAAACCAUCGUGGAGCAGGACUCUUGCUGUGAGCCAACCUUGAGCACCGAUAAGCUGCCGAGGCAAGCAGCUUCAUCAUGCUGUGGCGGCAGCAAAAACGGUGGUGAGAAAGAAAAGUGCAGCUGCUGUAGCAAAAAGCGCAAACGAGGGUGGCAGCCAGGUGAUCCACAGAACCCUAUGAUUGAUGAUGACGGUGCUUUAGCUUGUAGCUGUGGAUGCUACAAGCCAUUCGAAGAAUGUACUAACUGCUUCGAGGACCUUUGUGAGUCAGUGCUAUUGAAACCUAACUAA